AUGACUAGGGCUUCGUCUUCUGGGUCUCGUUGUUCUUCGAAAUUGGAGGUGCGUCGAGGAAUGGUGCAACGUGGAGUGUGUGAAUGUGGAGAAAGGCUUCUCUAUCUAACUUCCCACACUGACAUCAACCCAGAAAGAAAUUUCUGGAGAUGCAGAAAUUGGAAGUUACCUAACAAUUGUGGAUUCUUCUUGUGGGAUGAUAAGGCUGGUUUGGAUGGUGCACAAAGGUACUAUGUAGUUCAACUGAUGAAAACCUUGCAGGAGUUGGAGGAAAUCAAAAAGAAACUGGAAGAUAGCAAGGAGAGAGUUGAGGAAAUGAAGAAGAAAAAUGCCAAUCUCUAUAUGCAGUUGGAGAGUGAAAUGAAAAAGAAGAACUUGGCCUUUGUUGUUGUUAUUCUGCUGAUGAUAAUCUUAGCUUCUGUUGUAAAGUAUUAUGUUGAAGUGUACUAA